GGGAGAGGGAAAAAGUCUGCCCUGCUUUACCCACCGUUGAUUGCUUUUUUGGUCCCAAACAUCAACAACACCAAAAACCCAAUCUGAGAUGCAUCAUUGGGCUUCCAAUUCAGCCCCGUUUUGGCUACUCCAAGCUCUGACAGGCCCCAUGUGCCGACCCUGUUGACCCCUUUUCCCCUGCUAUAAUUUGCCACUGAUAAGGGUGACUGAUUGAUCUUCCACAAUUUCUCCAGUUUCUCUGGAAUUUUCUGUAGAUCUCCAUGGCCUUGGAGAAAUGAAACAAGGGACUCGUCAGCAUGAAGUUUCAUCUCAUUGCGCCGACUGCAUGUAAGCGGGAGUUAAUAGCCGCGAGGGGUCAAUGUCGAGGGGCAUUCCUCCUGGUGAAGAAUCGACGUCAUCAGCUUUCAAGUUUGGAGCUAAGAGGAGAGCCCAAGAAGAUGAUCAUGGGUCGGCCCAUGCCAUGUGACUUUGAAGCUGGAACAAACACGUGACUCGAGUCAUUAGGUAAGCGUAGCUGUGCACGGCAGAAACUUCAGAUCUCCGACUUCAGGUAGUUUGCAGGGUCCAGCGGUAACCACACGAUACGCCAAUUACCGUGGCCAAUCGCUCUCAGCCCGGUCCUCGAGGUCCAUACAAAGUCAAAUCACAUCUCCGGUCACUUGUGCAACUGUUUUCUUGUCACGGGACCCUCGACGAUAGCCCAUCAAGUCACAAUGGAGUUCCGAAGCCUCAUUCGACCAGCCGCCAGGCUAUUCAGCCCUCGUGCUGCCCUUCCUACCAUUCCUUGCCGUGGCCACAAGACAACAAGCCGAACGAAACGAUCUCUAAAGAUUGCUCCUCACGAGUCCUUUCUCCCAGACCGAAAGGCAGCCUUCCCCGCCUCCGACUCUAUCAUCUACAACCCUCCUUCUUCCGAGGCCUCUCCUCUUCACACACCUUUCAUCUUCCUCCCACAUAGCGACCCUCGCCGUGCCGCUCUCACACGAAUGCGACACACUCCCGGCUCUCCUCUAGAACCUAUCGCAACCGGCAAACUUGCCCCAAAGAUGGACUAUCCUCGCCGCAAUCCUGUAUACAACCUCAAGGCUGAGGAUAUCAGGGAGAUGAAGCGACUAAGGGCAGACGAUCCCAUCACAUGGAGUGUGAAUAAGCUGGCUGAAAAGUUUGGCUGCUCGCCUGUUUUCGUCAAGAUGGCUGCUCCUGCACCCAAGUCAUAUCUUGAGGGUCUAAAGCGCAAGCAGGAGAGAAGGGAAUCACGAUGGGGUGCUAUUCGAACCGCCGCAAGAGAGGACCGCAAGAGGAGGACAGACAUGCUGUACCGUGGCGAGUUGUAAGGAGUUUAUUCUUCGAUGUGUCGUUGUGGUAGUCUAUCAGACUUGUACAAACAUGGAAAAUCGUCUGAGUUGAUGUAGGAUUAUGGUCAUGGAGAAUAAAGUGAAAUGCGAAUAGCAUUGAUUCCGGCCCAACGAGAGGGCAAAAAUCUGUAUAAUUGCCAAAUACCAAAAACCCCUCGAAUACAACGGCCUCUUGUAUUUUUGACCCUUGUCUCCCUAUCUCGUGUAUCAUGAAUGGCGUAUGCCCGUUGAGUUUAUGACAUUCAAUGCCCAGCAAUUCUCCAAUUGUGUCCCAUAUGUACCCCUUGUUCCCAGAUAGCAAGCAAUUAAAGCUAAUCCAAGAGGUCGAUACACCUAUAUACGAACAUUCGUAAAACCAACCAAUAAAAACUAUACGAAGCA